UGUUGUUCACACUUGAUGUGGGCGACAGUAUAUAGUAUAAUACCGGCACAUUGGGCCUGUGUGGGCCUAAUAAGAAAGGGCGAUGCAGUAUUUCUUGUGGGAUAAUUGCAAAAUGUGCAGUUGUGUUUGUGUGUGUUCUGUUAAUGGUAAAAAGAGGAUGGGUUUUGCCUACAUAAUCAUACACACUCCCUUCAUCCUGGUGGUAUCACGCCCCACCUCCUCCUCCUCCUUCACUCCCUCAGAGACUGUGUCUGUCUGGGGCUUUCUCACUGAGGAUCUGCAGAAUAAUGGAGUGGCAUCAUGCAGCAGAUCUCGGAGUUUUCAGUAGAUCUUUCAGUCCUGCACACAUGAGACAGGAGCUCUUUUAAAGCAGGAAUUCUCAAUUCACUGUAAAAUAUCAGCACAAGGACUUCUUUCAUGUUUCUCUGCGUCAUAUGUUUUUAUGUCGUCUGACUUUUUUUCCCCCAUGUUUUGAUGUUUAUGUGAGGGGCAGUAACUGGCCCACCGUGGUUUUUCCAACAUAAAUCAGAUUUUUUUCUUCUUCUUCUUCUGUUUUAACUCAGGGCGCUCUCUGUUUACAUAUAUCAGGGAAUGGGAGGACCAUAUUGGGCUUUUGGUACUGUAAAUGUUUUCUGGAAGCGGAUAUGGGCCAGUUUUUUGCUCCACAGAUGGCUCUUUCGGUGGUAAAGGCGCAGGAACCGUGCUGCUCCUGAUAAAGUGCUCCGCUCAGGUUUUUGUUCUGAGGAUUUGCGACAUGGGCUGAGCUCCUGUGAUGACUCUUUUCUCCUAAAGGUUGUUCAGUUUUGCCAGAAUGGACGAAGGAAAAAGGAGACGGAUAAACCUUUAAUCUCUCGGUCACACUGCUCUAAGCUAUAUCUUCAUCUUUACGCACCGGCACAGGACUCUGGAGCUUUGAACGCACCAUACUGGAAUUGAAGCUAGAUUUAAAGUCAAUAAAUCUAUCUCUUUUUCUCUCUUUUUUAUUUUUAUUUUUGUGGAUUUUGAGUCUGACGUUACUUAGAAGCAUGUGGUUACGUUUACUCGUAAUUUUUAAAUUUAGUCACUUCGAUGUAAAUCCUAGAGGUUAAAUAAUGCGUUCUUGUGUGUCAUGUGAUACAACAGGCGGGCGUAUAGGUAAAAAUGUUCUAAAUGCACCAUACCAUGAGUGGAAAGUCUUCAUUUUCCCACGUGAAGUAGAACUGCCCAAAAAUAAAUAAAUAAAUAACAGACUAGUAGUUGACAUUGGAGUUACUGUUGUGUCCCGUAGUUUCAUAGGCUAUUUUAAAAUCGCGCAUUUUAGGGGCUUGGUUUGGAGACGCAGCUUUCCCCACUGUGCUGACUUUGUGCUGGACAAUGUGGCUCCCCUGCCUCGCGCUGCUACAGCUGCUGCUCCGGUUCUCCGAUGUGUUGCCGGUGGAGGGGAUCAACACGUGCCAGUCCAUCAACCUGGACGCGCAGAAGUCACGGCGCAUCGAGGCGGUCCGCGGACAGAUUCUCAGCAAGCUCCGCAUCCGCAGCCCGCCGGACGAUGACGACGACCCGUCGCCCGGAUCCGUGCCCCCGGAGGUCAUACUGCUCUACAACAGCACCCGGGAGCUGCUAAAGGAGCGCGUGCGGUUGGCCGAGUCCGCAUGCGAGCGCGAAAGCAGCGAGGAGGACUAUUAUGCCAAAGAGGUGCAGAGGAUUGACAUGCUGCCCCCCCGCACCGACUCCAAUACUGUGCAGCCAACAGCACCUAACCCCUAUUACAGAGUCGUCUACUUUGAUGUCAGUGGAGUUGACCUGAUUAACAGCACCCUGAUCAAGGCUGAGUUCAGGAUCUUCAGAGCUCCUAACCCGCAGGCCCGGGCCUCGGAGCAACGAGUGGAGAUUUAUCAGUUAUUGAAGCCAGAUGAAGACAGCACCUCCACUCAGCGCUACAUUGACUCCCGCACCGUUCAGCUGAGGGCCAAGGGGUCCUGGAUCUCCGUUGACGUCACUGAAACCAUUAAGGACUGGGUGUCAGAUCCAGAGAAUAAUCUUGGCCUGAAGCUGGGCAUUCACUGUCCCUGCUGCACCUUCGUCCCAUCCACCAACACCAUCGUUCCCAACAAGAGUGAGGAGUUGGAGGCCUUGUUUGCUGGUGUGGAUGAUGAACGACUUCGUCAGAUGAGGAAGCCCGGUCAGGUUAAAGGCCAGGCAGAUUUCAGCACCAAGACGCCGCACCUCAUCCUCACCCUGCUGCCCAGUGACAGAGUUGACAACCCAGCCAAGAAGAGCCGCAAAAAGAGGGCAGCAGCCGUAGAUACCACAACCUGCUCCCGUGGCUCCAAUCAGGGCUGCUGCCUGCGCUCGCUCUACAUCGACUUCAGGCGUGACCUCAACUGGAAGUGGAUCCACGAGCCAAAAGGUUACAAAGCCAACUUCUGUGCCGGCAACUGUCCUUACCUCUGGAGUGCCAACAACCACUAUAACAUGAUCCUGCCCUUGUACAACAAGCUGAACCCUGAGGCCUCCGCCUCGCCCUGCUGCGUUCCUCAGGACUUGGAGCCCCUCACCAUCAUGUACUUCAUAGGGCGCACACCACGUGUGGAGCAGCUCUCUAAUAUGGUAGUCAAAUCUUGUAAGUGCCGCUGAGGGAGUCUGAGAGGAGAACACCAUGGGAUAGAAACUACAAACUGAUCCUCUCAGAUGGAUCAUCUGUUUUAAUAAGCUUCACCAUUUGAUCACCUUUAGCAGACUGUGAUGUUAUCUUUUUAUGCUCUCUAAAUAAGAAUCGGAGGAUUUUGCUCCCACUCUUGACAGUCAUGAAAGCUUCUCAAAUGAUUUUUUUCUUGAACUUUUUGUUUGAUAUAGGGCACUGUGAAUAUGACAACAUAGCUCUAUUAAACCUAUGCCUGGACAUUAAAAUCUUAAAGGGGUAUUGUGUGAUUUUGCCACAUUUGGUCUCCCUGCUGCCAAAAAAGGAUCCUUUUUUAUCAGGAUUUUCAUUCCGCCUAAGUCAUUUUCCUGAGGCAGUGGGCAGCAGAGCAAGCCAGACAUAUAUGGCUGUUUGUUUUAAGUUUGAAAGUGUCGAUUAUAAGGAGACGGUGUGGAAAUGCUUUGCAGACUCAGAUGCAAAAGCAGAAGAGGCAGGGAACAGAUAGGAAAGAGAGGGAGAAGCUGUGUCCAGGCAAAGGCCGUGCCAGCUCUCUGCGGUCCCAAGCUGAAAUCUGCCCGGCGUAAACAGGAUGUGAAAGGUUUCCAGACACCGACCCGACCACUCACGGAACGCCAGAUUUAAACGCUCCCCUCAUCUCCUCUGUCUCUCUCUCUCUCUCUCUGUUGCUCGAGGUUCUGGGAUUUGGUGUGGGAGAAGAGAGGGAGAAAAGAGAGGCUUUGAAAAUGAGACGUGGGAUGAUAGGGCUGUAUUUGGAACGGUUACACGUUUGAAAGGGGGUAUUUUGCAGUCUUGGCAAAUUUGUAACUAUUUGGGUCUGGCUCAAACAUUUCAUAAUCACACUCAUGCUCUUUUUCUAAAUAUGCAUUCAUUAUCUUAUUGUAAAAAGCUGUUGACUCAUUGCUCAUCCUAUGCUGUGAUUAUAUUUUGUCAUACCUAUGUUUACCACCAGCUUCACUGAUUCACUCAGAGUCUCUACACCCAACUAUCCACAUUGACCACUUUUGAUAGAAUGUCUAAAUGCUGGAAAUAAAAAACAUCCCCGGGGCUCAUUUUAAAUAUAGGUUCUCUGGUAUGCCAGUGGUUUGUGUGAGAGGGAGACAGAGAGCAACUGGGUGUGUUGUGUUGUGUGAGUGUGCGUGUGUGGUUGGUGAGGUCAUGCGCGAUAGCAUAGAAAUUAUUCCAUGGGUUUAUUGUGAGUUUUAUUGUGAUUGUGCAUGAAAAACAUCUGCAGCAGAUGUUUUUUUCUGUGGCCCAACAAAAAACUGAGAUGUGGAUUUUUAAUGGGUUUUUCACGUUUUAUUUUGUUUAUUUUAGGUGUGUGUGCUGUUUUAUUUUUUUUUAACCUGGGUAACAAUAAAAAUUUUAGCAGAACAGGAAGCAGUCCAGUCCAGACAAAUACAAGGAUGCCACAACAACAACAGCCAGUUAUAGAUGUAUUAAGUGAGCCGGUGGUUUUCAUGAAUGUACUGGAGUCGUACCGUGGCCACAAGAAAUAUUGGUUUUGAAUUGGCUUGCUGUAAAAUUGUGUAACUGGAUACCUCAAACAUUAUUCUGGUCAACACUUUGUGCAACAGCUGUUCUACAUGAGUAUGCAGCAGAGAUUAAAGGAUUGAUCUGGUGACUUCUAUUCACAUUACUCAUGCUUUGAGAUAUUGCCUUCAUUGAAAGAGGUAUUUGGGACAAUGAAAAGAGUCCAUAUACUUACUCCAUUAGGAAUAUUUCUCCCCUCAUUUUUGAGUGUGUAUCGAAGUAUAAUUAUUUCUUCUUUUUUCUAAAAUGUACUGAAUGCUUUUUUUCCCACACACAUGUUUAUGAAUAUAUUGUGUAUAAGACUAAAAUGACUUUAAUAGAGCCCAUGUCAUGUUUUUCUGUGUUUUCUUGCUUUUGCGCAGUGUAAAAUGGAACAAUGUAAACAUCAUCUAAAACUUAAAAAAAGGGGAUAUAAACAUGUUUUUGUUUUCUAAAGCCAAAUGUUCUACAGAAGGAAUACGAUUUAUCCAGUAGAGUCUCAAUCUCACCUACACAACCCUUACUUUUUUCAGCUACCUGGCCACGACCACGUUUUAGUUCCUGGACUGCAUGCAUGGUCAGUGAACUCCAGCUAGAGCAUACACAUUAUUCAUCACAUCCAUUUUUUUGCACUAUAUAGAACCACUCCUGUAACCAUUGCAGGUCAAGAUUGUACGGCCAUUUACCAGAUACUGUGAGGAAUGGGUGAAAUGAGGAGCUAGCUAAGGGAAGUUGAUAGCCGGGGGACAACAGUGGUUGAAAGAGCAGGUGCAAGCUGACAAGUACCUGGUAAGGUUGAGCAAGCAAGCAAGAAACAGCAGCCAAUGGUUUUCAGGCAAAUUCCUGGCUACCAUCAGCUGCUCACUCACUACUAGCUGGUAGGCUAGCUGUUAACUUCCCAAAUCUAGUAAAGAAAACAAAAGGGAAAGAAAUAUACAAUUCUUCAAAAAAUAAAAUGUCAUGAAAGAGUAAUGAAAAGAUCCUCAUGCUAUGUUGAGAUUGAUUGUGAACGUUUUGAUGAUGAUGCAGAACAAAAUUUCUCUUGGUAUAAAAGUAAUAACAUUUCUGUCUGGGUUUGCAUGGUAGAAAUAUUAAUUGGUGUUAGUUAGCCGAUGUAAGCAUGUUCCUGAGCUCCGCAGUACGUAAUGGGUGCAAAAUAUUUUCUCCUAGUUGUAUUCACUUAUACAUCAGCUAUUGUGGGAAUUUGUCAAAGGUGUUUCUGUUCCUGAGUUAGCUUAGAGGUCAAGUUAGAGUAAAUGUAUUGGAGUAAAAGAAAUGGCUGAUGUUUUUGAAAUGCUGUACCUUAAGUACAGUCUCCAGUCUGUGACUCAAAUUUUGGCAACACACAACCAACAAUUCCUUCUGGGUUUUGAACAUUUUAGGACCAUGGAAACAUAAGACCCUGGGAACAUAGGACCUUAUUCAGGGCUUUGAAAACAUAGUAACUUGGAAAUGUAAGAAGGUGGAUACAUAGGGCCCCUGAAGACCAAGGACAAGGACAAUGGGAACUCUAAGCCCUGGAAAAAUUUGACUAUAUACGAACAUGACAUCCUAGAAAUACAGAACUGUUGGAAUAGAGGAUUGCAGAUACGUGACCUAGGGUUGCAUGAGCGCCAGGGAACUGAGAAUCAGAACUAUAUAAAACUAAAGGAACACAAAAACCUGAGAAGAUACCCGUGGAAUAUAGCAACCUUGGAACUAACCUUAUCGUAAGGAUAUGGAUCAAUGAAACAUUGGGGAGCAGAACUCUGUGGUGUGUUAAGUGCAUUCCUCAGUAAAAUAACUGAAAAUUGUUCAGUUUAAUGAGACAAACAUUGCUGCCCUGCCUCCAUAAAUUGUAUACAAACUAAGCACAGAUGUGUGGGGAAGAAAUCUAAGUUACAGUUCUGGCUGCUUGUUGUGUUGGUUAUUUAUUGCCAAUUUGUCUUUUUGUUUUGUUUUUGUCUCAUAUGUCAAAGAACAUGCAUAUUAAUGACUUUCCUUUUUAUAGCAAAAAUGUACAAACAUAAUGUCCUAAGUAGUGAGUGACUGAGAGACACAUAAUAAAGUCUUACAGCAGUGACUGUCAAA